AUGUCGAAGGCGAAGCGGAAACGCCCGGAGGACGACGUGGGUGUCGGUACGCGCGCGUCGACCCGAAACCGCGGCGGCACCGCGGGAGGCGCGUCCGCCACGCGCCCCGACGGAGGAGCGGAUGGCGGAGCAAACUUCCACGCGGGAGGCGUCGAAAAAACAAACAGCACGGCGGGCGCCUCCGCGCGCUCGCGGAACCGCGGGGGGGCGCGCGCGCCGGCGCCCGAGCCUAAGGGCCGCAAGCAGCGCGAGCGAACGUGGCGCGACCUCUCCCAGAACGCCCUCUACGACAUCGUCCGCCGUCUGGAUGGCCCGAGGGCUGCGAAGACGAAGAGGCGGGAUCUCAUCGCGAGGCUCGAGACGUGCGUCGCCGAGCUGGUCGCGUGCGCCAAUAAAUUGAUCCAAGUCGCGGCCCGGAUCGAGGAACACCUCGCGCACGCGGCGUCCACGAAUCCGUCGUUCCGCAUCGAGCGCGACGCCCUGCGCGAGGGGAUGGCGCGGCUCGAGGCGUUGGCGCGCGAGCACGUACGUCGACACGCGCGCGACGAUCCCCGGACGCUGUCAUCCGAUAAGAUUGUUCGAGCGAAGAUCAACGCGCGACUCGUCGCCGCGUCUCUCCCCAUCCUCGCGGCGUUCCUCAGGGACAGCGUGUGCGAGGCGUGCCCCCGCGCGACGAUCGCCGCGUGCGACGCGUUCGAGGCGCUUCGCGUCGAGGUUCAGCUCCGGACCAGCGUGAGGGUGUACCGCGAGAUGCCCGCGCUGAGAAAGACGCUUUACGACGGCUCGGUGACGAAAGAGCUCGCCGCGGAGCUCGUGACGCGGGUCUUUGGCGAGAUCGAGAAGCCGAACGACGACGGCGACGGGAGGAGGGAGGGGGCGGAGGCGUCGGAAGCGGCCGCGCGACGAGGGGAACGAAGGAGCGGCGACGAAGGGAACGAAGACGACGAAGGGGGCGGGUGGGUCGACGGUUCCUCGCGGAUCGCGCCGCCGCCCUUUGUCGUCAACGCGCUCUUCUCCGCGUGCGCCGCCUCGGGCUCGUCCGUGUGCUUCGCCAACCAGACGCUGUGGACGAUGGCGCGCCCGCGGGGGGGCGAGGACGAGGGGGAGAGCUCGGAGGCGGCGAGGACGUGGGCGGCGCUGUGGGGGGAGACGGGCGACGUCGCCCCCGCCGAAGGCUCGGGAAGGGGGGGGGGAAGGAGACGAAGCACCCGGGCUGGGACCGGGACCGGACCCCCGGAGGCUGCCACCGCCGGCCGCCGCCGCAGCGCCCGCAUCGCGGCGCGUCCCACCUCCCGAGCCGCCGCCGCGCCGGAGAGCCUUUUCCACGGAAACGGAACAUCCCCCGGAAACAUCCCCGGAAACAUCCCCGGGAACGAUGGGCGCUUUCGCGCGCACCAGCCCCCCGCGCGUCGCAACGCGGUCAACUUGUCGCACGACCUCGGCCGCGGCGGCUUGGCUUUCUCGAGGCGAUACCCCGAGGCGCUCGGCCCGUCCGCCGCGCCCUGGACCCUCGUCAACGUCCACGGCGACGAGGAGGAAACGCAGAACACGUCGGACGGGGAUCCGCACAGCGACGCGGAGACGUACGUCUCGGACGUGGAGUUCAGCGUGGGGUCGAGGGAAGGCGAAUACCCUCAAUACGUCAACGACGAGGACGUCAGCGACGAUAACCGCAGCGACGGCCCUUUCCGCUCGACCGCGCUCCCCAGCGCCCUCGAAGUUCAACGACAACAACGGGCACGCCUCCACGAACACCGUGUCGCGCACGGACUCGCCCCGAUGGAACACGACCUGACGCCGCCCGACGUCGCGGUGAGAGACCCGAACCACUCGCGGCGGCCGUUUGGGGGUUUUGGACGCGACCACCGUCCGUCGCAGCCGGUGGGGCUGUCGUGGGACAGCGAGCUGAGCAGACUUUUCGGCGAUUACGAGCGGAUAACGAUUAUACCGCCGGCGAACGGGGAGGGCGCGCCGAGCGAGGGCGCGAGGCCGCCGACGAGGCGGGGGAGGCGAACGGACGCGGAGCCCUCCUCGUUGGGUCGAGGUCGUCGCGGGUCGAUUCGAAUCGAGGACGAGUCGAUCCCCGAGUCGAACCCCGAGUCGAUCCCGCUCGCGGCUGUCGCCAAGGCUGAGGCGAUGCGAACCUCGGUGCAGCUGCUCGCGAGGCUGGUCAAGUACGAGCUCUUCAGGCGGGACCCCAUCCCGAGCGCCUCGAUGGGGCCAAAGGCGGGCGCGCGCUCAAAGGCGGGUGAGGGUUCGGGGUCGGGGUCCCCGGGGUCGGGGUCCCCGGGGUCGGGGUCCCCAGGGUCGGGGUCCCCAGGGUCGGGGUCGGGGUCGUCACCCGCUCAAAACCUUCAGCCGCUCGGCGGCCGGUCGCCGCUGGUGCCCACGUUCAGCUCGAGCGGGCUGAAGAUGCUCGAGUUUCUUCCCAAAUCUCGCGACGAUCCCGCGAACGGGGCCGAGUUCACCGUGCUGGACCUCGUGAGGCCGCACCUGGCCCGCGACGGCCGCGCCGCGGUGCUGCUCGCGUGCGGUUGCGAGCUCUUCGCCGCGAGGGACGCGCUUCGCAUGUGCCCUUUCGAGGCUUGCGCCGGGGUGUACGCGUGCGCCGCGGCGAGGGUGCUCGGAGAGGUUUGCGGCGAGUGGCACGCGAGAGGUCCGCCCAGACGCAACGCCGCGGAUGGCUGGAUCGCCGUGACCAAGCUCGCGGAGACGCUCGCGCAGUCGUGCGUGCCCGCCGGAAGGGGGGGCAGAAGGUCCGGGUCCGCGUUUGGCCAGCCCCCGCCAGCCCUCGGAGCCCUCGGCCACCCGCCCGUCCCAAACGCGGGUGGGAGGGUUGGGUUUAACAACCCUAAUAACCCUGUUUCUCCUAACCUGGCUGAGCCCGGGCGGGACGGCGCGGCGGCGUCCACGUCCGCGGCGGGUUUUCUCGCGGGUAUCGCGGGACCGACGGGUGAAAACCUCGGGAGGGCGCUGCCGGCGCUGAUGUCCGCGCUCGUGACGUCCCGCCCGCCGCAGAGGGUGGUCAACUCGCUCGCCGAGUCGACGAACCUCCUGGCGCGCGCCGUGACGCAUCCGCCGCCGCCCCAAUUCGGUUCCGACGUCUUUGUCAAACACCGCCGCGGCGCGCGGGCGGGGUUGUGUGCACACGCCGAAGAGCCGAGCUCGCUCGCGGACGACGUCGGUCGCGCCAUGCGGGCGUCCGCGGUGGACGCCAUUCGCCGUUCACUCGGGGACGUGGAGAAUUGGGCACGCGACGGGGUGGUGGCGCAUCUCAAACGUCCGGCCGCGUCGGGUCGCGCCGUCGCGGACGACUGCUCGGCGGUGGCGAGGCUGGUGUGCGCCGCGUCGACGGUUACCGAGAUUGACGCCACCCGAGUCUCCGCCGCGCGCAUGGCGUUCGCCAAGCACGCGGCCGCCGCGCGGCCGGAGAUGCGAACGCUGGCGAACGCGAUCAAGGCUGGCGUCUCCGGACGCGAGUUGGACGCGCAGUGCGGGGAUUUGAUUCGGUCCGUGCGACGCGUGGUGUCCAUCUGGCCGGGGAUGGGGGACCCGAGCGCGUUUGAACCCCUUCCGGAUACCGUCGUCGCCCUUCCGGACGACGCCGUCGUCGUCGGCGACCGGUGGGUGCGUCCGUCCGGUGGGUCGUCGCCGAAUGCGGACCUGUGCGGGCUCACGCCGGCGGCGCGGGCGAUGCUAGCGACGUUGGAGGCUAUCGAGGCGGCGGUUGACGCGGUGGUGGCGUCCGCGUGGCUCUCCUCCGCCGACGCCCGCCGGGGGCUCGGCCGGGGAUCCUACGGGCCCGACGGCGUGUUCGACGGGGGCGGGUUCAACGACGACGACGCGACGGCUCGCGCCGAGAACGACGCGCUUAAGAACGCCUUCUCCGCCGGCGCCGUCGGGGCGCCGUUCAAGACGCUCGUCGCCGCCGCCGGCGCCGUCGACGCCGCCGCCGGGAUUCUCCGCGGCGACGCGAUGAACUUUUGCGCAGACGACAAACGCGUGGACGAACUCGACGCGCCCGUCGCGCCGAAGGCGCCCGAGUACGCGGACGUCGCGCGCGAGAUGUCGCUGCUGGUCGAGCGGUUUGCGCCCACGCUCUCCCGGCUGGUCAACGCGGACCCCACCGCCGUGACACCCGGCUCGCCGCUCGCCUUCCUCGCGGAGCGCCACCCCCACCGAUUGCCUUUCGCGGCCAAGUUUAAGCUGCUGCAGCGGGAGAUUCGCGCCUCGCUCGUCGGCGCGAAUGCUUCGCUGUUCCACCGGUCGUUUGACCUGGAGGUUUCGCGGUCGGAUCCGGCUGGCGGAUUUUACGACAUCGUCGACAGGAUACGGGCUCGCAUCGCGGCGCAGCGCCGCCGCUCGGUGACUCACCGCCCGGUGAGUCACCGCUCGGGAGGCGGGCUCGGUCUCAUGCGCGCGGGGCCCGGGCCCGGGCCGGGUGUCGAUUCAGAUUCCCUCGACCGGCGCAUCGACCGGCAGAUUGCCGCCGCGACGGAGUUUCGGGGCAGGUUCAACGCGGCUACCCGCGUUCACGCCCGGGGUCAGUUUCCCGCGGAGGUUCCGUGGGUCGACUUCGUGGAUUCGCCGCCGCCGGCUGUGUCGAACCACCCGAACCGGUACUCGGCGGCUUUUCCGACCAACUCGACGGACGCCCUGCGCGGCGUCGUCGUCAACGCGUCCUUUCGCGGCGAGCUCGGAAACGGCCCCGGCGUGGUUCGCGAGGCUUUUCAGCUCGCCGCCACCGCGCUCCUGUGCGACGAGGACCGCGCGUUGUUCCGCCCGUGGCCCGGAGGCGUCGGAGGAGGUUUGGAGGAGUCGGGCGGCGAAGAAAACGGUCAAAGAAACGCCUGCGUUUGGUACCACGUCGACCCGACGUGCGCGGUGGGCGAGUCGCCGCUGACGUGGCGUUUCGUCGGCAGGUUCAUUGGCCUGUGCAUCACGUCCGGGUGCCACGUGCGCAUGCCGCUGGUGCCGUGGCUGUGGGAUCAGCUGCUGCACGGCGCGGACGGCGGCUUGGCUCGUUCGAAAGACGGGUACGUUCCGGGCUUUGUCGACCCGACGGAUCGGUUCGUGGGCGAGAAACUCGGCGAGGUGGCCAACCGCGUCGGGGGGGUCGUCGCGAGAUCGGGUGUCGAGGGUGCCGAGGGUGCCGAGGGUGCCGAGGGUGCCGAGGGUACCAAGCUGCCGGCGAUUUCGCGGAUCAAGGCGGCGAAGGAGAGGCUCGAGAGACGCGGCGGGACGACGGACGCGAGGUGGCUUCGGACGGACGACUCGACGAGAACCGACGAGAACCUGGGAGAAUUCGAGCUGGAAUUCGAGCUGGAAGAAGGAGAAGAGGAGGAUCGCGCGACGUACCUGCGCGCGCUCGAGCGGGUGCUGUCCAUCGCCCCCGGCCCGCACGGCGACGCCGCCGCCCUCAGGUGGCUCGACCUCAUGGCCGAGGUGGAGCCCGAGUUUCAUCGCUCGCUUCUCGACCUCCUCCGCUACCCGAUCGCCUCGGAGCGCAACGCGUGGGCGGUGAACAUGCUGACGUUCACGCGCGACGCGUCCACCGCCGGCGACGGGGGCGAAAACCCGGAAGGCGAAGAACCGACUUUUCGAACCGUCGAGCUCAUCCCGGGCGGCGCGGGCGUCGAGGUGACGGACGCGAACAAGGCGAGGUACGUCGCGGCGCUGGUGCGUCACCGCGCGACGCGUUCGCGCGGCGCGUCCACGCUCAGGGCUGUGCGAUUGAUGCGCGAGGGUCUCGACGACGUCGUCCCCCUUCGCGCGCUUCGAGCGUUUUCGUCCCACGAUUUGCGCAGGCUUGUGUGCGGCGUGGACGAGCUGUGCCCGCGGGCGUGGCGCGCCGCGACGUCGCACACGGACUUUGGCGCGUGGUCCGCGAGCGCGUCGGUGCAGGGGGGCGUGGUGGGAAACGGGCCGAACGGCGGGGCGAGCGGCGGGCCGGGCGGCGAGCCCGCCAUCGUCGGUUGGUUUUGGCGAUGCGUCGAGCGGCUAUGCGCCGAGCGGCGAAGGGCGCUGCUGCAAUUUUGGACGGGAGCGUCUGCGCUGGGGCCGACGGGGUUCGCCGGUUGCGAGUUUCGUCUCACGCUGGCGCGCCACCUGCGGCCGGAGUCGCUGCCGGAGUCGCAGACGUGCUCGAGGACCAUCAAGCUGGCGGAGUACCGGUCGUUUGAGCAGAUGCGGAGCAAGCUGAUGAUGGCGCUGGAUUUUGGCGCAGCCGGUUUCGCGUUUGCGUGAGGGAUGUUAUGGGACGAAAAGACGCGGGACACGCGCGUCGUUGGCACGAAUCGGAUAGUUCGGUUGUUUUCACGGUACAUACACGUACGUACGUU